UUCAGGACUCUAGUCCACAAGUAUGUAGACUCAUCUAGUACCUUCCUCCAGAGUCAACACAAACCUCACAACGUCAACCAAAGCAAAGUCAGACGAUGAUCCAGUAUUCGCGCGUCCACUCUACGCCUCACCUCCUCGUACGUCCUGUCCAAUCAGUAUAAUAAUUUUACUCAUUUCUGAUCAUCUGGGUUUUUGGUUUCAAAUUUCAAUCUUCAAUUUGGGUUUUUGGAGGAUUUGGAGAAUUUUUCAUUAAAUCCAUGGCGAAACCAAAAGCUCCAAGACAAACCCUCAACUCUUACACUGUCAAACCCAUCAACAAGACCGUCAGAGCCGGCGACUGCGUUUUGAUGCGGCCGUCGGAGCCGGGGAAGCCGUCGUACGUGGCGAAGAUCGAGCGGAUCGAGGCGGACAGUCGCGGAGCAAACGUGAAGGUGCACGUGCGGUGGUACUAUCGGCCGGAGGAGUCCAUCGGCGGCCGGCGACAGUUUCAUGGAUCCAAGGAGGUCUUCCUCUCCGACCACCACGACGUUCAGAGCGCUGAUACGAUAGAGGGCAAGUGUACUGUGCAUACUUUUCGGGGUUAUAGCAAGCUCGACGCUGUUGGAAAUGACGACUUCUUUUGUCGUUUCGAGUAUAAUUCGACUACUGGUUCCUUCAAUCCGGACCGAGUUGCCGUGUACUGCAAGUGUGAGAUGCCUUAUAACCCAGAUGACCUCAUGGUUCAAUGUGAGGGUUGUAAUGAUUGGUUUCAUCCUGCUUGUAUAGACAUGAGUGCAGAGGAAGCCGAAAGACUUGAGCACUUUUUCUGUGAAAGUUGUUCACCCGAGGGUCAAAAGAAGUUGGAGAAUUCGCAUACUGUUUCCAGACAGUUGGAUACAAAGGUCGAGACAAAACGUCGUCGGAGGUGAUAUUGUAAAUAAAAGUCGAGUUAGAACUACAAUGGAGGAACCGGAGGUUUUCUCGGGAUUGUGCAACAGAAAAGGCAUAACUGCAUCAUAAGUGGUGUAUUCAUGAGUCAGCGAGAAGAGUAAACCAAGUGAAAGAAAAAAAAAAAACUUCAUGCUGUGUAUUUGGUUUGAGAUUAUCUCCCUGGUACCUUCAAGGAUGUUGGUUGUGCGUAGUUUUGUUGAUGUAGAUUUUCCCUUUUUUCUCCAUUCCGCUAGGGUUGUGAAUAUUCCCAAGUAUUUAUUAGCUUUAAAAGUAGCGAUAAAUAGUGACGUGAAGUUUUACAAAUGUCUAUUUGACCUUUGGUACAGAUUGUUUGUGUUCUCUACUGCUGGAUGUAGUGUCGAGUGAUUCAGACACUUGCAGUGGUUUGCAGAAAUUAUUUCGGUUUUCUCCUUUUGUUAGUCUUACUAACAAUGAUUUCCUGAAAUUGUCUAGUGAUCUGUUCAAUGUUUUAC